AUGGCUACUUUCCAGUCCUACGCCGGUUUAAUCUCCCUGCUGUGCAUAACCAUAACCAUAAUCAAAACCCUGUUGGGCAAAAGCAAAAGACGAGGCAGCCUGCAGGGUCGUCUCCCCCCUGCCCCCUUGGCGCUGCCCAUCAUCGGCCACCUCCACCUACUUGCUCCGAUCCCGCACCAGGCCCUCCACAAGCUGGCCGGCCGUCACGGCCCGCUAUUCCGCCUCUCCCUCGGCUCGGUCCCCUGCGUCGUGGCUUCGUCGCCAGAGACCGCAAGAGAGUUCCUCAAAACCCACGACUCUGUUUUCUCCGACCGUCCGGUACCCGCGGCCGUCGACUACCUCACCUACGGCUCGGCCGAUUUCUUCUUCGCCCCCUACGGGCCGUACUGGAAAUUCAUGAAGAAGCUCUGCGUGUCCGAGCUGCUCGGCGGGCGGAUCCUGGACCGGAUGCUCCCGCUGCGGCGGGACGAGAUCGGGCGCUCUCUGCAGCGGACGCGGAACAGAGCGGAGGCAGGGGAGCCGAUGGACGUCGGAGGGGAGCUGAUUCGGGUAGCGAACAACGUGAUCUCGGUGAUGGCCAUGGGGGAGAGGUGCUCUGGCGGGGCGGACGAGGCGGAUUGGGUGAGGAAGCUGGUUGCGGAGACGGCGGAGCUCACCGGGAAGUUCAAUCUCUCCGACUACGUUUGGUUCUGCAAGAGAUUGGACCUCCAAGGGUUUGGGAAGCGGCUCGAGGAUUUGAGGGAGAGGUUCGAUUCGAUGAUGGAGAGGAUCAUCGAGGAGCACGUGGAAGCGAGGAAUAAGAAGAAGAAGACGACGGUGGUCGGGGGAAAUGGUGGCGAGGUGAAAGAUCUUCUUGAUGUGUUGCUCGAUAUAAAGGAGGACCAAGAUUCUGAGAUCAAACUCACUCGUGAAAACAUCAAGGCCUUCAUCUGGGUGCGUGCGCGCGUACAGGAUAUAUUUGCGGCGGGGACGGAGUCGUCCGCCAUCACUACAGAAUGGGCGAUGGCGGAGCUGAUCAACCACCCAGAGAUACUGAACAGAGCAAGGAAGGAGAUCGAUUCGGUGGUGGGGAAAUCUAGAUUGGUUCAGGAGUCGGAUAUUCCGGACCUUCCUUACCUCCAAGCGAUCGUGAAGGAGACAAUGAUGCUCCAUCCAGCCGCUCCACUAAUCAUGAGGGAGUCGAGCCGGGACUGUGAAAUUCAGGGCUACAAGAUUCCAGCCAGGACCAGACUGUUUGUGAAUGUCUGGGCCAUCGGCAGGGACCCAAACCUCGACCAACCCAAUUAG